AUGCCGUAUCCACAAUCUUCCGGCCCCGUGCACAUGACGCCGCAAGCGGCGCAGAGUCAGAUAGUGUGUACAGGAUGCCGCACGCUACUCGUGUAUCCUAAUAACGCGUCCAACGUGCGCUGCGCGCUGUGUAGCACCAUCACGCCCGUCCCACCCGCUGGCACGGAGAUGGCGCAGCUGGUGUGUGGCGGCUGUCGGACUCUGCUCAUGUAUGUGCGGGGAGCCACCAGCGUGCAGUGCUCCUGCUGCCACACUGUCAACCUCUCCAUGGAAUCAAGUCAAGUGGCACACGUGAACUGCGGCGGAUGUGGCAUGACGCUCAUGUAUGCGUAUGGGGCUCAAAGCGUCAAGUGCGCCGUCUGCCAGUUCGUCACCCAAGUUGGUUCGUCUCUGCGCCCUCUGCCGGUGCAACAAAGGCAGUACGCCCCGCCGCCCACACAGCCGGCACAGGUGGCGCCCGCACAGAGCACCACCAGCAGCCGCACAGUGGUGGUGGAGAACCCUAUGACAAUGGAUGAUACCGGCAAGCUGGUAUCCACUCUUUCUCUUCAGCUGUAUCAAAUGUUGCAGUUGGGAUCUCCAGUGACAAAAAAAGCUGAUGCUUUUGAUUCAUGCCAAUGGAUGGCGCAGCAGCAGCAGCAGCGCCCCGCCACCCCCCACCGGCUCACGUGGAGCGAUCAAGUGGUUGCGCUUGAAGGGGACGCGGGAGGGGAACAAAACGCGGAGAGCGGGGGCGCGGGGGGCGCAGACGGCGAGCGCGGGGCUGGCAUCGGGGGAGGCGGUAUGGGAGGCGGAACCGGGGGAAAGACGGCAGUGUGGGGGCUGUCGAAGCAGGACGCACUGAAGGCGAUUCUGGGGGAACACGGCGCGGAGGCGUUCGGAAUGGGGGGAGGAGCAGGGGGGAAGAACGAAGGGCGUGAUAGCGGUAGGGCGGACAACGAGGUGGUGGUUUCCGAUGGCGCGGGCGGCAUGGGCGCAGCAGAAGGCGGGAAAGGGGGGGACUGGCGGGGAAACGGUAGUGGUCGCGGGCUGGUCGACAGGCGCAAUGACGUGGACGAUGAUGACGUGGACAGCGAGGACGAUGACACGGACGACGACGAGGACGGGGGCGGCAAGGGUCGGCGGCGGCGGCGGCGGGGAGGGGGUGGGGGGCGGCAGGGCGGCUUCCGGUCGCACGGCAUGUGGUCGGAGCGCCUGCACUCCGACGGAGACGACUCGUUCGACGACGCGGAUGAUGACAAUAGCAGCGGCAGCGGCGGCGGCGGAGGGCGGGGCGGGGGCGGCGGGGGCAUGUCCGGGGGGGGCGCGCGGCAGCGCGACCGGGUGUGGCCGCUGCAGCUGCACAUGCGCGAGUCGUCGCUGCUGGCGCAGUUGAUUCUCGUGCUGCUGCUCGGCGCGCUGCUCUUCGGCGUUGGCGUGGCGACGAACGCGGUGUUCUGGAUGGGCGCGUCCGUGCCCGCGCCCAUCUGGUUCCCCGCCGGCUUCGCGCUCUUCGCCGUCACGGUACGCGCGCGCGCGCGCCACGCGCAACAACACACGCAGGCUCCUGGAUCGCCCGCCAGUGAUUCACUUGAUUCACUCAUGCCUCUUCAUCCAUGCCCUCCCCUCAUACUAACCCACCAUGCCUUUAUCACUUACUCCCCCCCCCCCCCCCUUCACCCCUUCGCCCUUCGCCCCCCCUUACUCCCCUUUCACCCACCCCGCCUGUCCCCUCCUCCGCCCCUUCCUCCCCCGUCAACCCCUCCGCCCCGCGCGCCCCCCUUCCCCCACGCGCAGGCGGCGGGGCAUCGCGUGUUCAUUGGCAACUUCCUCGGCUAUCUCGCGUUCGCGUUUUAUUUCCGCCUCGUGCGCCUCUCCAUGCCCGCGUCCGCCGCGUCCGCCACCGGCGCGCUGCUCGACGCGCUCUGCGCCACGCUCGGCACGCACGCGCUCGCGCUCGUCCUCGCGCGCAUCUUCCGCGCGCACCGCCGCCACCGCACGCCCCUCGACUGCACCCCCAACGUCUUCCGCUUCUGCUCGCUCGUCCUCCUCGUCCCCCUCCUCUUCCAAGGCCUCCAAACGCUCUUCUCCGCGCUCGCGCAAGCGGAUCCCCCGCCUCCCCCGGACAGCCGCGUGCAGUCCUGGCUGUUCCGCGCCGUCGCGGACGGAAUCGGCGUGCUCGUCGUUGUCCCCCUCUUCGUCCAGAUUUCCGUGACCUCCGCGGGGAGAGGAUCGGACACGUGGCAGCGGAACCAGUGGGAGCAGCAGCGCGUGCAGCAGCAGCAGGUGCGGUGGUGGCUACCCUGGUGCCUCCCGCCCUGCGUGGACUAUUUAAUCCAGUCCUGGCGCAUGAUCGCGUUUGUCGCGCUCAAUGCGGGCGUGUGCGCGGUGCUCUUCGGGGGAUUCGCGCCAGAGUCGUUCACUAUAUCCCUCAUGUACACGCUGUUCCCCGGGAUCGCGUGGGCGGCGUUUCAGUACAAUCGGCGCGGAGUGAACCUCGUCGCGCUGCUGCUCGCGCUCCUGGGGGGAGUCACCGCCGCGCAUGGGCGCGGACCGCUGGCGCGCGCGGAUGCCGUGGACACAAUGGUGCAGGUGCAACUAUUCGCAGCAGUGGAGGCCAUGGCAGCGCUGGCCCUAGCAGCAGCGGUGCGGGACACGAAGCGGCUGCGAAGGGAGCUGCGGCUGCUGAACGCGUCGCUGGAGGAGGAGGUGGUGCGGCGCACGCAGGAGAUCCGGCGGUACAACGAGCAGCUGCAGAUGAGCCAGCAGCACGCCGAGGAGGCCAGCCGCGCCAAGACGGAAUUUCUCGCCAAUAUGAGCCACGAGAUUCGCACGCCCAUCCACGGCAUCAUCGGCAUGACAGCUCUAGCACUCGACGCCCUCGAGUCCAUCCACUCCUCCCCCACCGCAUGGGGCGCAGCCGACCAGCACCAGCAGCAGCACGACGAGUAUGAGGAGCAGCAGGGGCAGGGCGAGGUGGUGGCGGAGGUGAGGGAGCACCUGAUGAUCGUGGCGCAGUCCGCGGAGUGUCUGCUGGGCAUCGCCAACACCGUGCUGGACCUGGCGCGCAUCGAGGCGGGGCAGCUGGAGCUGCUCAAAGUGCCGUUCGCGAUUAGGGAUGUCGUGGUCAGCACCAUGAAGAUGCUGCAGGUGCGCGCGGUGCAGAAGCAGCUGGACUUCUCAUGGGAGGUGGACGAGGACGUGCCCGUGGAGCUGCUGUGGAGUGUGCUGCUGCACCCAAUCCUUCUGCUUCCCCCAAUUUCCCACUCCCCUUUCCCCCGUGCCCCCCACCAGGUGCGCGCGGUGCAGAAGCAGCUGGACUUCUCAUGGGAGGUGGACGAGGACGUGCCCGUGGAGCUAUUAGGCGAUGCUGCACGCCUGCAGCAGAUCAUCAUCAACCUCGGUGCGUGCUGCCGCUCGCUCUUUCGUCCCCUCUUCCGCCCACUCUUCCGCCCGCCCCCUUGCUCCCAUGCUCACCCACCCGCUUGUCCCCACCCUUGCUUGCUCGCCUGCUCGCCCUCAGCGGGCUCCGUGUCGCUCACCAUCCGCCUCUUUGCCCUUCUUCCCCGCUCGCCUCCCCAUACUUCCCCAUCUUCUCCACCUCCACUCCUCUCCACUCCCCCUCCUCCCUCAUGCUUCCCCCCUACCCCCCCAACCCCCCCUCCUCCUCCCCUCUCCCACCUCAUCUCACCCCUUCCCCUCCUCUUCCAUUUGGUCCCCUGUCCAACCCCCUCCGGCUCCUUCUCCCCUCCCCCGCCAGUCGGCAAUGCCAUCAAGUUCACGUCAGCGGGGUCCUUCACGUCAGCAGGGUCCGUGUCACUCACCAUCCGCCUCUUUGCUCGCCCGCGCCGCCAGAAGGCCUACACAACGUGCUUUGCUCCACGCCCCCAGCGCCACGCCACGCUCUCCUUUGCCGCCCCUAGCUUUGCCGUUGGCGGGGGAGGUGGGGGCGUGGGUGCUGCUGCUGCUGCUGCUGCCGCUGCUGCUGCUGGUUCUGGUGGUGGAAUUUCCAGUGCAGGAGCAGGAUCAGACGGGACAGGGGUUGGUGGGGCAGCUGCUGCUGCUGGUUCUGCCGAUGCUGCUGCUGCUGCCGAUGAUGCGGGUGGGGCUGGCGGCGGUGGGGGUGGGAAGAGCAGGCACACACGCACAUCAUCGGGUACUGACUGGAAUGCCUCGGGUCUGUCUCGCUUAUUCAUGUCCACGCCCUUCCAGCGCCCCCCCAACGCCACGCCUGGGCCACCCACUGCUCCUGUUGCUUCUGCUGCUGCCCGUGCUGGUGUUGCUGCUGGUGAUGGUGCUGGUGGUGGUGAGGUUGUGGGAGGGAGUGAGGGCGGACGGGCAAAUGCGCUUGAAUUGGCUGUUGCUGCUGCAGCAGCAGCAGGAAUGGAAAAGGAAACUGGUAAGGAGGGGCCAGCAGGAGGGGAGGCAGCAGCAGCAGCAGCAGCGGCGGCAGCAGCAGCCCCUGCUGCUGCUGCUGCUGCUAGCAGUACUGGUGCAGGCGGCAGGUUCAGAGGCAUCAGCUUAGCCCUAUCAAAUCUAUCCGAGAGUUUCAACUCUACCAGACUCACAGGGAUACAAUCGGCAGGUGUUUUCGCCGACACUCCUGCUGCCCCCACCACUGCCACUCCUGCUUCUUCCUCCUCCGCUGCUGCUGCUGCUGCUGCUUCUGCUGCACGUCGGCCCCUCCCCACCCCCCGCACCCCUGCCACGCCCGCCGUCCCAAGCACACCCAUGGCUACUCCUCAAUCGGCCCGUGCCGCUGCUCGCCUGCCCCCCUUGUCCUCUCUGUACCGGGAGGAGGAGGAGGAGGAGGAGGAGGAGGAGGAAGAGGAGGAGGAGGAGGAGGAGGAGGAGGAGGAGGAGGUAGUGAGAUUCGGCCCACUCGCAUGGCCUCUACCUCUGGCUCUGUCUCUGCCUCUGCUUCUUCCUCCCUUCGAUGGGCCAUCCCUAUGUGCUGCUGCUGCUGCGGCGGCGGCGGCGACAGUGGAGGGUGGGAAUGUGGGGCCAGGAGGUGCAGCAGCAGCAGCAGCAGUAGGAGCAGGAGCAGGAGCAGCGGCAGGCGGUAAGCGGUUGGGCAGAGCAGGUGGAGGGUCAGCAGGGCCUAUUAGCUUCGCUUCCUGGUGGCCUCUUGUCACCUCGUCUUCUGCUUCUUCUUCUGCUGCUGCUGCUGUUGGCACUGCUGCUGCCGGCACUUCAUCAUCCAGUGGUGGUGCUGCUGGCGCAACAGCAGGCGGGCAGAGCAGUGGAAUGGAUUUAGAGAUGGGAAUGGGCUCACAGCAGCUGCAGCAGCAGCAGCAGCAGCAGCAAGAACAGCAACAGCACAUUCAGCAGCAGCAGGCACAACAACCCGCCCCGUUCGCCCGCAGCAGCAGCUCCAACGCGCUAGACACAUGGGCCUCCUCGUCCCUCGCCUUCCCUUCCCCUCCCGCAACCUCCUCCUCUGCGUCCUCCACCUUCCUCCCCUCCCAACCCCUCCUCCCCUCUGGCACGUCUUCCUCCUCGCCUCGCUUCCUCCCUCUCUCCUCCGGUGUGGCUGCUGGCCCUCUCCCUUCGCACUUCUCUCCCUCCCCUGCUGCCUCCGUUGCUUCUGCUGCUGCUGCUGCUGCGGGUUUGGCUGGGACUGCUGGGGGUACGGCCGGGGAUUGGGGUAAGGAGAGGCGAGGGCGGAGUGGGGGGAAGGGAGGAAUGGCGGGGUUGUUGCGUAGUAGCGGAGGCAGUGGGAGUGUGGCGGGAUUGUUAAAGGAGGAGGAGCGGCAGAGGCGGAAGGUGAGGCGGAGCGCUAUGAGCGAUGGAGGAGAGCUGUUAAGUAUUGUUGCUGAUGAGAUUGGUCAGGAGGAGGAGACCACUGGGAGGGGAGGCGAGGGGGGUGUGGGGAGGGUGAGGAGCAUGAGGAGUGGAGCAGCAGCAGCAGGGGGAGCCGCUGGUGGGCUGGUGGGAGCAGUAGGAGCAGGAGGAGCAGGAGGAGCAGCGGCAGGAGGCGCGUCAGCAGGAUCUGGGCCUAGUGGGGAGGGAGAAGGGGAGAGGGGAGGCGGGGAGGGAGGAGGGGGGAAAGGGGGAGGAAGGGGAAGUGGUGGAGCAACAGCAGGGGGAGGUGGAGGUACCUGGCUGUCUGGUGCGAAGGGAAUGUGGAGUGUGAGUUCUAGCGCAGGGGGAGGCAGCAGCGGCGGCGGCGGCGGCGGGGGUGGUGGUGUUGGUGUUGGUGGUGGUGGUGCUGCUGCUGCUGCUGGUGGUGCUAGCAGUGGUGGUGGUGGUGGUGGUGUUGGCAGCAGCAGCGGCGGUGGUGGUGGUGGUGGCGGUGGUGGUAAGGGAAGCAGCAAGGGCGGGGUAAACGAGAGGUGGGUGAUCUCUAGAACGCACUCACUAGAUACAGCCAAGGUGAGGCGCGGACUUAAGGGAAUGGAUCUGAUCGGUAAUGUGGGAGUCUCUGUGGACACAGGGGGAGGUUCAGGUGGGAGAGCAGGAGCAGCAGCAGGAGGGGGAGGGGGAGGAGGAGGAGGAGCAGGAGCAGGAGCAGGAGGAGCAGGAGGAGGAGCAGGAGCUGGAGCAGGCGGAGGAGGGGGAGGAGGGGGAGGAGGGGGAGGAGGGGGAAGAGGAGGGUUAGGAGGAGUGGCGGGAAGUGGCGUGGGAGGGAGAGACAGCGAGGGAACGGAAGACGUGUGGCUGGUGGUGUGUGUGAGUGACACAGGCGUAGGUAUCAGCACAGACCAACAGGAGAAGAUAUUCGAGAACUUUGUACAAGCAGACACGUCGCACACGCGCGUGUACGGAGGGAUAGGGCUGGGGCUUAGUAUAGUGCGCAGCAUGGUGCACAUGAUGGGGGGGAAGGUGUGGGUGGAGAGCGAGUUGGGUACUGGCUCGUCCUUCUUCUUUACUGCUCGCUUCGCCAAGCCCAAACGCCAGCCUGUGAGGCCAGAGGGUGGGGGCGGCGUGGGGUGGGCGAGGGGGGACGGGUCUCCUUUGCAGCAGCAGCUGCGGCAGCUGGGUAUUACUGCUGGUGGUAUGGGAGGAGGUACUAACGCUGGUGCUGUUGGGUUUGGUGCGUCCGUACCUGUGCCUGCUUCAGCGUCUCUGCCGAAGCCUGCCGCCGCGCCUGUCCCUGCACCUGCUGCCAAGCCUGUCGCCAAGCCUGUGCCGAGGGUAGGGUCGGACAAGCAGCGGCUGUCAGCAGCGGCAGCAGCGCUCCAGGACGUGGCAGCACCGCUGCUGCUGGAGGCCCAGCAGGGACUCGCAACAGGCGCCAUGGCAGCUGGGGCUGCUGCUGCUGCUGCUGCUGCUGCUGGUGCUGCCGUUGCCGUUGCUGGUGCUGGUGAUGCUGCUGGUGGUGUUGGCGGGGGAGUCGGUGGUGGUAUUGGCGGUGGUUUCGGCAGUGAGAUGCUUCGAGAAGCUGCUUUUCCGCCACCUGCUCGCACCUCCAGUCUGCCCUUCGCCACCAGUGGCCCAAGUGACACAACGGCCGCCACUGCUCCCGCCUUCCCCGCAUCUGCUACCAGUCCCAGCACUGUUGCUGCGUGGACGCACUCCCCUGCUCUCCUCGUGCCUGCCUCUCUCCCUUCCACUGGUGACUCUGCCUCUCAUGCUCCUGUAGGGGCAUCCGGGGGAGGAGCAGAAGGAGGAGCGGCAGUGGCAGCAGCAGCAGCGGGAGUGGAAGGAAGCGGAUCAUCCUCGGCCUUCCCUGUGUCUCCUGUGCGCCGCUUCCCCUCCCUCCAACCAGGCCCCGACUCGCAAGCAGCCCUAUCAGCAAGAGGAGGAGCUGCACCUCUUGCUGCUGUUGGCCCCACUUCUCCAGCCUUCAUUCCGUCGUCCCAUCCCCUCACUCCUGCCCCAACCGCUUCCUCAUCAGAUGCGUCUGCCUUUGUUCCUCCCGCUGUCGUUGCAUCGCCAGACGCCUUCUUACUGCCUCUCAGCGCCCCUCUUACUGUCUCCAGCUUCCCCAGAGACGGCUCACGCGCUCAUCCUACUCACGUUGCCGCCUCAGCUGCUGCUGCUGCUGCUGCUGCUGCUGCUGCUGGGAGUACAGGCACGGGUACUGGGAUGGGAUCAGGGAUGGGUACAGGUGGCUCUCCUCUGUUGGUGGCUGGUGGUGCUGAUGCUUCCACACAGAAAAUGCUUGAGCAGUCAGCAGCAGCAGCAGCAGCAGCAGCUGCACCCUCACCAUCAGCAGCAGCAGCGGCAGGUGCGAGGCAGCAUUUCAACCGCUCUGCAUCGCACCGUUCCUUCUCGUUUGCAGGGGACCAGCCGUGGCAACCCCAGAUGAUGCAAGUUAAUAUCGUCUCGCAGUUCUACCAGUUCCCGCCUCGCUUCUUCGAGUCCCCUUCCUCCUCCCCGACUCGUCUCCGUCCCUCCUCGUCCGCCUCCUCGCUCCACUCCCCCGGCGCCUCCUCUGCUGCACAGAAGCAGGGCGCGGUGGUGGAGAUCGUGGAGAAUGGGCAGCUUGCUGUUGAUGCUGUCAAGGCGAGACGUGACGCCAUCGACCUCAUUCUCAUGGAUAUUCAGAUGCCAGUGCUGGAUGGGUUUGGUGCCACAAAGGCCAUCCGAGCUACGGAAGCAGCAGCCGCAGCGGAAGCGGAAGCAGCAGCAUCAGCAGCAGCAGCAUACAACCCUCCCCUGCCAUCUCCUGCUUACAGCGAGGCCUCAUCCUUCCCACCUUCCUCUGGACCUCUCUCCGGCCCUCUCUCCGGCCCUGAAUCUGGCCCUCUAUAUGGUGCCCUCUCUGGCCCCAUGUCUGCUUACCCCUCCUCUACCUUCUCCUUCUCUUCAGCCACCUCUGCUCCUGCUGCCAAUCCCUACGGUAGCGGCAGUGGCAAUGGCAGCAGCAGCAGCAGCAGCAGCAGCAGCAGCAGCAGCACAACUGCUGCAGCCGCCGCCGCUGCUGCCGCCGCUGCAGCAGCACUCGCAGACCCUCCAGGAAUAGGCAUCCCUCCCCGCAGCAGCGCCAUGCGUCCCAUCCCCCAUCGGCGGCAGCACAUGCUGAUCGUGGGGCUGACGGCGCAUAACAUGGCUGGGUACGGGGACCUGUGCACAGAGGCCGGCAUGGAUGCAUACGCCACUAAGCCGUUCAAAACGCCGGCUCUCGUGGCUCUUAUACUCGAGACUAUCAAGCAGCCGAAGGGGCAGUUGACCCCGAAAGGAGCCCCACCCCUUCCUGGGUACCCAGCAGCGGGUGGUGGGAAUGGGGGAGGUGGAGGAGGUGGGAGAAAGGUUGAGGGAAGCCGGAGUAGCAAUGCUGUGGUAGGAGGUGGUGGGGGUGGGGGUGGGGGUGGGGGUGGGGGUGGGGGUGGUGCGUCUACAAGGAGCACUCGGAGUGAGGGGAGCACCAGCUUCACAGUUACUCAUUCUUCUUCUGCCUCUGCUGCUGCUGGUGCUGGUGGCACUGCUGCCAGUGGCAGCUACACAGGAGCAACCCCUCCCAACGCCUCUGCUGGCCUCUUGAGUAGUGGGAGCAGCAGCUUCAGUGUGGGUGUGAAGGAGGUGAGGAGGAAGAGCAAGGAUGGAAAUGGUGAUGCGAAUGAGAGCAGUGGAAAGACCGGAGGAAAACGUCGGAGUUUCCUACUCUGA